AUGGAGCCUCCUCCUUUCCAAGAAGCACCACGCUGCGACGUCUGCAAAUGCAGCUUCAACGCUUUCAGGCGACGGCAUCAUUGCCGAUCUUGUGGGCGGACGUUGUGCCAUGAACACUCGUCAAACCAACUGGCUCUACCACAGUUCGGUAUUUAUUCAACCGUUAGAGUUUGCAGUGAUUGUUUCAAUGACUCCUCUCGAUCUAUCAAAGGUGAUGUAUCUUCGGACAGAGUUAAUGCUGUAACAGCUACAGUUUCUAGAUUGGACAUUGGUGCAGGUGUAGAUUUAAAGGCUGAACCAACUGUAGAGUAUCAACCUGUGUCAGCCAUUUCAGAAUGCAAGUGUGGAAUGCCUUUAUGUAUUUGUGAAGCUCCAGCUCCAUCCAUGGAUGCAGUUCCCCAGCAGAGCAAAACCGUAUCCACCUCUGUCCCUCGAUCGAAUCCAAGACCAAAAAAGACAGAAACCACUUUAAAAACCAAUGCUUCCACUUCGAACAGCAAACAUAGUUCUGUCUUCAAUCUUGGUCAAGCGAACAGCGGAACUUCUGAUAAAAGCCAGAUGGAUUAUGAAGUCACUGGGGAGGGUAUGAGAGAAGCUAUAAAGAAUAGUGAUGUUGCUGCUGUCAAGAAGCUUCUGAGUGAGGGUGUUGAUGCCAAUUACCAUGACAAGCAAGGACUUUCUGUGCUACAUUUAGCAGCAGUCUUUAAUCAAACUGAGAUAGUUUUUGCCCUGAUGGACUCUGGAGCAAGCCUGGACUACAAGAAUGCACAGGGGGAAACACCAUUGGACUGUGCUCCUGCCACUCUCCAAUACAAGAUGCGACAGAAGAUGGAAGAAGAUAGAAGAGCAUGA